AUGGCGUACUUUCGCUCAGCCGAAGCUGAAGCUCAAGACGGGCCGUUAACCUUUGAUGAGGCUUGCGGCCAAGUCAAUGGCAUGAAACUGCAAGGGCCGGAAAGACGACCUUUCCGGUCAGAUAGGGCGGUAGGAGAAGUUGAUGUGGGCGAUCUUCCUGUGCGGCACCUAGAAUCUAGUGUGGGGCACAAAAUUGAGCAGUUCGCCGAUGCCCUCUUAUGCCACCCCAUCGAGAUCACAAGUGCCCUUUUCGAUAACCUCUACAAGAUUUGCUGCGAGAGCAAGUUUGCCCAGUUGCCUGAGCCUUUCAAUCUGAAGAAGGAACCCUCCGUGCCCUACACCAUGCAAAUCAUCAUUCAGUCGAGUGAGCCACCGGCAGGUGGAGAUCCAAACGGCUCCUAUUUCCACAUCUUCAAGCAUGUGUACUUGCAUCGCAACAAACUCACCGCAGCGGACUGUGUCGCUAUGUGUCACGGCACUUCUUUGAGAUUCGAAUGGGGACAUCGUACAAGAGUUGCUCUCAUGGGACUGAACUUCAUGAUGGACAAAAUGGGCGGUAAACAGCUUAGAUUUUGGGUACUCAAGCCCAAGUACGAGAAAAAAAUCACUGUGGACCAACAGGCCAGAGAAGAAGGCUACAAGUUCAUCAGGGACUUUGGCCCAAAGGCCAAUAAUCGCAACCAAUUCAUGGAGUGGACGGAUGAACACAUCAACAUGCCUGGGAGCAAGAUCGAGGGUUGGCCAGAGGGGAAGGUCAAGGAAGCACUGCACAAUCACAUGCGCGGCAGGCAGAAUGCGAAGUCGCUGGAAUACUGGCCCUUUACACUCAAGUCGUUCACACCGUGGUUCUUUGACAUCAUCCUCACGAAGAUGCUUCCCACCAUGCGCCAGCACUCAAUUACAUGGAUCGGCCGAACUCGGACUGGAAAAUCCUUAGGCUCGAAAACAAUCCUCUUCAUGCAGUCGAAGUACGAAAUCGAUGUCGCAGAUCGCAAGGACCUCGUGCCCUCGAUUGUGACUGCUAAACAUUUGGAUUUCUUCAAGGCUGAACCACUCACAAGGUUCAAGCCGGGUGUGUUCGACGACGGCAUGCUCCAGAAAAUGGAUGCCUCUUUCCUGAAAGCCUUCCUCAACCCCUCUGAAGAGGAUGCGACGGUAUGGGCACGAUAUUCUUCCGCGCAAUUUGAGCAAGGUGCUGGUCGGCAUGCUUGCAACAAUCCUUAUGAUCGCAGAGUCGAUGAGGAAGCAUUCGCCGCCAUGAACAGCCGGAAAAUCUGGGAAAUUCCACACGAGACAUUCCUGAAGCUGAUCAACCCAUCAUUUUGCGGUGUUGAUGAUGAUGAGGACAUGGCCGCAAUCUUGGCCCGAACCCAUCUCAUCGUACUCACUGACAAUGGCAUCUACUACCGAGUUGCGGCCACCAGCACUUCUCCUGUGCCAUUCAUUGAGUGGGAGAAAGAUCAACCCAAGGACUUGCUCGCGCCAUCUUACCAUGCAAUCUUCAAAGCCUACAAGCUCAAUCCUUCUCAGCAUCAACUUCCGGACUGCUAUCAUGAAGACUGUGCUUGGUCACAAGAGAUGCUUCGCAGACUCCUGAAUGGCGAGACUAUCCCACGCAGUCACACUAUCCGUACUCCUACGAGUCCGUUCGGCGAGCGUAGGCUGCCACCUCAGUCAGUUCAUGCGUCUGUCCUUUCGCCUGAAGCACUUCGCGUCAAGAUCAAGGAAGAGAAGGUCACAACAGCAUUUCGGGCUUUGAAGGCAUCGGCUCCACAGGUCAUCGAACUUGACUCGCCUACACCAUCAAAGAAGCGACCUCUUCCGACUGCAUCGUCCGCCCAUGUGGAUUCCAGCAAGAACCCAAAGAUCAAAGCUUCUUCGGUCUCUGACAUCCCCAACCCAGAGUUUUCAGGCAAUUCGUGUGUCCCCUGCGAUGACUUUGAUGACGAAGAUAUCAUGCCACAGGUCGGUCACCGUCCUGAUGAAAUUGAACGCGUGUUGGAAGCUAUCAUUGACGAAGAGUGCACAGAAAUGGACGUGGUGGACUCAAUGGAUUCCAAGUAG